CGAGGUACCGAGCAAUAGAGCUACCACCGAGGAAAGCGCCUCGAUCUCUAGCGUAGGCUACCACUACGAGACGCGCUUACUUGCUCGGUUAAACCUGUCACAAUGCCCCGACAGAACUUAGCCACGCCGCCAUCAUCCUUGUCGGACUCGAACUCCUCCGGACGCCGUGACCCCGGCGAAGCCAUGCACGACAACGGCGGCCACUUCCCGUUACCCGACGACUAUUUCCCGGAGAUCCACCUCACGUCCAAAGAGAUCAAGAACUAUGAGUCACAGAUGCAGGAGAUCGUCAAAAACGCACUGGCGGAGUACGAGCUGCACGAGGCGAAAGGGGCGUACCCCGUCUAUCGAGCCCCGUGGAAUGUCGUCGGUAAGGUGGAAGGUCUCACGACGAUCAAGAAGGAGACACCCGACAGCCCUACGGCCAGCCAGGCACGUAUCUUUGGCCGCAUUAACGGCGACUACCGCCACUUUAUCGACUUCUUUUACGCCGAGACGUCAGCCGAGCUUUUCGCGUGGAACCAGUUCAUGUUCGGAUACGCCACGGAUGCGGCGGUACUCAAGAACAUCCACACGGUCGCAUCCAAGGAGAAAUGUCUGUACAUGGGCAUCAAGUGGACGUGUUUGAACCCGUCGCCGCUCGUCAAGAAGCGUGACAACUGCUACAUGGAAUACUUGAACUACACAAAGGACCUGCGUGGUCGCGAUGUGGGCGUCCGUGUCACGCUCCCGCUCGACAUCCCUGAAUGUCCAGAGCUGCCCAAAAAGCUCAAGACUAAGCGGAUUCGACUGAACACCGUUUGGAUCUCAAGACCUGCCGAUCGAGAGCCCAACGUGACAGAAUUCUUCAUGUUGUCCCGGAACAACUUCAACGGGUUGGCGGUCACCGCCAACUACUACAAGCGCAUGAUGAAUAUCCUUAUGAACAUGGCGGUCUUCGUGGACUCGCGACGCAUUUUGAUGCAAGGAGUGAUGCAACGGAAGAGUUGGGCCAAGUCGAGAUCACGUAAAAGUUGCAGCGUUUGUUCGCGUAAGUUCGGACCAACUCGCCGUCGCCACCACUGCCGUCUGUGCGGAGAUCUCAUUUGUCGGCGGUGCGCCAUCGUACGUGACGCCCCCAAAGAGGAAGACGCUGACAGCGCGUCAACGGGAUCAAACAGGACGUUCGAGAUCGUCAAAACGAAAUUCUGCGUGCUGUGCGUAACGAAGAUGCGCGAGUCUCGCAACAACCUGCUGGUGCCGGUACCUGCGCCAAGCGGCAAACUAUCGGUGGUCGACUGUGACUACGAGGCUUUGGAUCUGGGCGAGUCCCGCCACUCGGGUGUUUCUGAGACGGAAUCCGAGGGUGGCCAUAUUUCCUUCUUUUCCGAGACCGGAAGCAGCGCCCGAUCGCUGCAGUUCUCACCGCGAUCCACUUCGAUCUCUUCGACCUCCUCAAGUAUCGGCAAAAUAUCUUUCGUGUCGAAGCUCGAUGUGAUUGAUGAUCAGUCCGUGACAAUUCUGGCAGACCCACGAAUGACUGCCAGUGAAUUGAUCGAAGAGGAGGUGACGGAGGUUAUCGACACGAUUGAUAUGGUGCCGGUGUCGGCGUUCAACUCUUCAGUGCGGAGUUCAAACCAAGAUGACAGUGGCAAGACGAGCUCGGGCAGCGGCUCCAAUUGGUCUCCGCCCGGUUCCAAGACGUCACCGCGGUCGCUGGACCAGUGCCUUGCCGAGCAGGAGGAGCUGCUGCGCCGCAUGAUGCUCUCGGCCAGCGGUAUGCGCCAACAAAACAGCACGAACCCAGGAAGCGGGAUCUUGGGUAGCAGCGGGUGCGGUACUUCCGGUGGUGUCCAAUCGACCAGGUCUCGCCCGGAUGUUACACUCUACGAGGGAUAACUACUCUUCGUCCUGUCUGCAAGAAGCAUUAUAAACCUAAGUGUAAUUGAAAUGUGUUGGAAUGCGUUUUCUAACAGCAAAGUUAUGUUGAAC